AUGCCACCAAAAGCGAGAGAGCCGCUUCCCCCAGGCGAUGCCGUGAAGGGCGAGAAGAUAUUCAAGGGUCGUGCUGCGCAGUGCCAUACUGGGUCGAAGGGUGGAGCAAAUGGAGUUGGUCCUAACCUCUUUGGCAUCGUCGGUCGUCGCUCCGGCACGAUUGAGGGCUUCUCAUACAGCAAGGCAAACGAGAGCUCUGGUGUUGUAUGGACACCAGAGGUGCUUGACGUGUACCUCGAGAAUCCAAAGAAGUUUAUGCCUGGCACAAAGAUGUCUUUCGCGGGUCUGAAGAAACCGCAGGAGCGCGCGGACCUCAUUGCGUACCUCGCGACGCUCAAGGAAUAG